AUGGAGGCCGGAGCACUCCAGGACCAAGCACGGGCGGAGGAGGCCCGCUCCGAGCGAAAACCGCCAGCUCUCAGGCUUGAGAGCCUGGUCCAGGGCCCGCUGGGCGGCCCGCCCUCCCGAACCCCUCGAACCGUUCCCACAGCAACAGCUCGGGUGCACGUCACGACGCUUGCGUCGCUCCUUGCCCCGCCUCCUACCGGGGCCGCGGGAGGCGGGGCGGCACGAGAGCGCAUUUUGGAGCCGGCCCCGCCGCUUUACGUUUCGCGGGAGCUUUGUGGUGCCGGUGCUGUGGAGAACUGGGAAAUUGAGCUGCGUGAGGCGUGUGUAGGCUCCUUUUUGCGUCUGCAUCUGGUCCCCGCGCUCCUCUCGGGCGUCCGCCCGCCCGCCGGCGUCCUGGCUGCCCGGGCCGUGGCUGUCCGGGUCGUGGCCUGGCUGCUCCUCGGGGCGGCUGGGCUCACCCAAACGCUUGCCGCCAACUCCUCUGACGCCCCCUUCGGUGCUGGCAUAAGGGCCACUUGUUCUGAAAUUAUUUUAAGGCAAGAAGUUUUGAAAGAUGGUUUCCACAGAGACCUUUUAAUAAAAGUGAAAUUUGGAGAAAGCAUUGAGGACUUACAGACCUGCAGACUCUUAAUUAAACACUAUAUCCCAACAGGACUUUUUGUGGAUCCUUAUGAGUUGGCUUCAUUACGAGAGAGAAACAUAACAGAGGCAGUGAUGAUUUCAGAAAACUUUAAUAUAGAAGCCCCAAACUAUUUGUCCAAGGAAUCUGAAAUUCUCAUUUACGCCAGACAAGAUGCACAGUGCAUUGAUUGUUUCCAAGCCUUUUUGCCUGUGCACUAUCGUUAUCACCGGCCACAUAGUAAAGAUGAAGAAACAUUUGUUAUAGUCAACAACCCAGAUUUAUUGAUGUAUUGUGACCAAGAGUUCCCGAUUUUGAGGUGCUGGGCUCAGUCACAAGUGGCAGCUCCUUGUGCUUUGAAGAGUAAGGAUAUAUGCCAGUGGAACAACAUGAAGUAUAAAUCAAUAUAUAAGAAUGUGACUCUACAAGUUCCAGUGGGACUGACUAUACAUACCUCUUUAGUAUGUUCUGUGACUCUGCUCAUUACAAUCCUGUGUUCUACUUUGAUUCUUGUAGCUGUUUUCAAAUAUGGUCAUUUUUCUUUGUAAAUUUUAUGCAGUUUAAUGUUUUCUAUAAACCAAAAAAGAUAUGUUAAUGUGACUAGAGGUGUUCUUCCAGAAUUAACUCAUUGCUUUGUUAUUUUUUUCUUUUUUUGAGGCAACAACAGAGGUAGUCAUUAUUAAAAGAACUGAAAUAAA